GUUGAAUCCAUGGGGCCUUGGACUGUCCUGGAGCUCAGCCCUGUGACUGGGCGGAGGCACCAGCUGCGAAUUCACAUGGCAAUGGUUGGCUGUCCCAUCAUUGGGGAUACGGAGCACGGGCGAAAGGGGGAUGGUGCAUAUGGUCUCCUGCUGGCCUCCACACAGCUGAAGCUGCCACACCCAAAGCCAGAGCCCGGUGGUCCCGUGGUGCUCGAGUUUUCGGAACCUGAGCCGGAACACUUCGAGAGGUGGCGAAGGCACGUCGCCACAACUGUUGAGCGGGCAACACGCCCCGCCCCAGCCACAGGGGGCUGCUGUGCUGGUCUCCGAAGGCUGCUGCCCUGUCCCUGGACACCCUGA